UAUUAAACUCAAAUUAAAAUAAUCAAAAUCUAAAAUUCAAAUAUUGAACACCAAGAAAAGUACUUAAGGGAGCAGUAGUGGCUAGCUAAAAAUAGUGGAAUAGUCAUAUGAUUUUCAUAUUUUAGAUUUUCUAUUUUUAUAUUUGAAAAGAUACAAUACAUUUCGUUAGUGUGAUUGGUAAUCAUUGUUGUCUUCAUUUGAAAAGAUCAUGGUUCAAAUCUUGAGAUUAAUGUACUUUUUUAUUCUUCUUAUGAAUAAAGAAUAUAUAAUAAUUGUGAAUACAAAUCUACCCUUCUAACUUUCGCUCUCGUGACCGGAAAUUUGAAAUUUUGAAAAACUACCCCAACUCUGCUAUAAUAUAUUUGUAGAAGAUUUCCAAAAUAAUUAAACUUUGACACAUUCGUCGUGGUACACAAUGAUUUUAUCAAAACUGUUGCCAUCGAGGCACCAAGAUGAUGGUAAACAGCCGACGGAUGGAGAUUUCACGACAAUGAUGGGGGUGUAAUGCCAAGAAUAUUUUGCCACACUAGUAAAGAAGUCAAAUAACUAGUCCAAGCGUCCUUCAACGAUCAAACGAUUGAAAGAUGCCCAAGGAAGGGAGGAUGAAGUCGCCAUUGUUUGUGCAUAUGAAGGAGCUGACCCAACAACUCAAGAAAGCUUUAAUGAAGCCGGAAAAUGGACGUGUGGCAUCUUUGUUAAUUUGUGAGCAUGUGGUGAAAAAGAUCAUGAAGGGUUAGACAGGUAUAGCCAAGGAGCUCAAGGACAUAUGAUGAUGUCAACUAUAUAAAUCAAUGCUAUCAAUCAAAGACCUCAACAAGGGAGCUAUCCUCCUUAUCAAAUAUUCAACCAACCUUGCAUAAUGCAUACCGUAUGGUCAAUGUCUUCCUCGGAGGAAAGAGACCUGAGGACUACCCUAAAAUCACCUCUACCAAUGCACCUUAUGAAGCACAAUGGAAAAAGAAAUCAAGUCUACAUGGAUUUGGCAAUCGACCUCAAUACAAGGCUCAAGGAGAAGGUGUCUCCAAUCAUCAACCCACCAUAUUUGAGAAGCUAAAGGCAACUAUGAUAGGAUUACAAACGAGCUACAAGAACAUCAAAAGAUAACUUGCACUCCUAAUCGAUGCCUAACCUCAAAAGUUUCAAAAAAACCUCCCAAGCAAUAAAGAAUAAUCCAAAGAACGAGGAAGAAAAAGUCAUCUCGACAAGGAUUGGAACAACCAAAAGUUUUCCAAGUAUAAAAAAGGAAGAAAAGAAGAAAGGAGCUGAGUAUCCAUCCCUCUUCCAAAAUCUGAUAAAUGGUUUGGAGGAGUAGAAGUGGCAGUGCCAAUAUUGGAGAACAUGAUUUCCAUGGAUGAUCUUAAAGGAAAGCUCGAGAUUUUCACGGAGGAAGAUGAGAUGGUCUAAGAUAAAGAUGCCACGAUCAAGAAAACUCCUUGGGGUUACAAAUAAUUUGUCUUAGUCAAUGAAGCAAAGGAGAAUCUCGGACAUUACAAAAGAAAGAAAUGAAGAAAGGAGCUGAGUAUCCAUCCCUCUUCAGAAAUCUGAUAAAAGCUUUUGGAGGAGUAGAAGUGGCAGUGCCAAUAUUGGAGAACAUGAUUUCCAUGGAAGAUCUUAAAGGGAAGCUUGAGAUUUUCAUGGAGGAAGAUGACAUGGUUGAAGAUAAAGAGGCAACGAUCAAGAAAACCCCUUGGGGUUACAAAUAAUUUGUCUUAGUCAAUGAAGCAAAGGAGAAUCUCAGACAUUGCAUCAUCAAAUGUCUUCUCGAUGACCAUCACAUGGAAAAAGGUCAUGUUGAACUUGGCUCAGGUGUCAACAUACUACCACUGCAUCUAUAUAAAGAGAUGAUAAUAGCUAACAUGGAGUACGCUAACGUAGAGAUCAAGCUAGCCAACAACACCACUUGCUGAGCUCUUUGAGUUAUUCGUGUCUUACACACCCAAGUUGGCCCGAUCAUUUUCUUUCCCAACUACCUCAUGAUUGACAUGGACACAAGCAAAGAGUAUUCCUAAUUGGAAGGUCAUUCCUUGCCACUGAUGGAGAAAGAAUUGACGCUCUCAACAGAUUAGUAACUUUAUAUGUGAGAAAGCUCCUCUACAAAGUGGAGAAGUUAAAUCAAAAGAAGUAUUCCUAAUUGACAUGGACACAAGCAAAGAGUAUUCCUAAGUGGAAGGUCAUUUCUUGCCACUGAUGGAGAAAGAAUUGAUGCUCUCAACGGAUUAGUAACUUUACAUGUGAGAAAGCUCUUGUACAAAGUGGAAAAGUUAAAUCAAAAGAAGUGACGAACUCGAGGAAUAUUCAAAGGAUGAUCUAGAGAAUGAGAUUAAAUUUUGAUUUGAUUAUCUAUUUUAGGAUUCAACAAACAUAAUAGUUCAUCAAAAUGAUCAAUACCCAAAGUAUGGCGGCGAGUUGAAGGAGGUUCCCCCAAUUCCUGAUCUAAAGCUAGUUGAAAUGGCACUCAGGAUUGCCAUUACAAGGCAAAAGACGACUCUUCAAAAAAUCGAUGAGCUAGAGUAUGAUACAUGAAAAGAGUAUCAAGAGUUCAUCAAUCUUCAUCAAACUAUCGGGAUUAACAAUGAACCGAUCCUUGCAACGCGAUGAGGAGAUGAAGAUGAAGUUAAAGCUUGAUCUAAAAUCAACUAAAAGGGAACCUCACUAAGCAUAGCUCAAAGGCAUAAAAGAAAGAGCGCUUAAUGAGAGGCAACCCAUUUCUGGCAUCAAACUUAAUGACCUAAACAAAAGUGCUACCAAGGAGACAUCCCAUAUUUUUCUUUUCGUAGUUAAUUUUUAAAUAUCAAAGUUAUUUUGGCUUAAAAUUUUGAGUUGCUCAUUGGAGGAAUUCAAUGUAUCCCUCGGAUAAGUGUUACAUUUGGAGCAAAGUUUUGAACUUAUGACGAGAAAUAAGGAUUUGAUGACGUGAGAAUAAUACAAAAAUCAAUAUGUGUGCUGCUGAGUUAAGUGUUCUAACGAAAAAAUACUAGAAAGCGACGCAAAACGCAAAGUGAAGCAGCAUCGGCCACACCUGCCGUACCCCCGUCGCUGCCCUAGGGCCUAUAAAAUCCCCCGUUUCGGUCACCAUCACCCCACAUCCCCUCAUUUUUUUACUUCACUUCCUCUCAGCCGAAAACCCUCUCCCUUCUCUCUAGGUAUAAAAUUUUCCCCCAAAUCCAUCAACUUUCAAUCACUAAUUCCACCUGCAAUACUCAAAUUUUACUCUCAAUAUCACUUACCCAUCACCAAUUAAACAAAGGCCUACCUACGAAAAUCCAAAAACACUAACCUUAAAAGCUCUAGCGGUUUGAUCUGCAGCGCCACACCAUUGCUCUUUCUCUCUCUUCAUUUUUGAUUUUUCUUCCACUUUCUGCACUUCUCAUCAUUCCAGGUAAGUACCCAUGCUCUUUAGAUGAAUUUGGGAGCUUGAAACACGAAUUUAAGACUUCGAUUGAAGAUUUAAAGUUUAAAAUUCCUUGAGAAAUGGAGUGACUUCUCCUGUUAAUUUUUUUGCCUACGCUAGGCACAAUCGAUGUUUUGAAUGAAUGAUAAUAGCUAGU